AUGUUGAGCAGAUCAAGUGUUUGUUUGUUGAUCAAUGGAGUUAGAUCAUACUCCACUGCCGCCUCAGAGAGAGUGGUCGGAUUCAUUGGUCUUGGUAACAUGGGUGGACACCAGGCUGCUAACCUCAUCAAGAAGGGUCACAAGGUAAUCGUUUACGAUAUCUCUCAGGACAAUGUCAACAGACUCAAGGAUAAGGGUGCCCUCGUCGCAUCUUCCCCAUCAGAGUUGGCCAAGAAAGCCGACGUCAUCGUCACUAUGUUGCCAGCAUCCGCACAUGUCAAGUCUGUCUACUGUGGUGAUAAUGGUAUCUUCAAGUCUAUCAAGCCAGGUACUCUUCUUUUGGACUCUUCGACAAUCGAUCCACAGACUGCCCGUGAGGUGGCCGACAUUGCUACCAAGCACAACUCGACUUUGUUGGAUUGCCCAGUGUCUGGUGGCACUGGUGGUGCUGAGGCAGGAACUUUGACAUUCAUGGUCGGUGGCAAGGAGGCUGAUUUUGAGCGCGCCAAGCCAUACCUCCAGGCAAUGGGCAAGAACAUCGUCCACUGUGGUGACGUUGGCACUGGACAGGCUGCCAAGGUGUGCAACAACCUUGUGCUCGGUAUCUCAAUGGUUGGUGUCAGUGAGGCCAUGAACCUUGGCGUCAAGCUUGGAAUCGAUCCAAAGAAGCUGGCUGGCAUCUUCAACACUUCGUCUGCUCGCUGCUGGAGCAGUGAGCUGUACAACCCAUGUCCAGGCGUCUUGGAAAACUCGCCUGCCUCACGUGGAUACACUGGCGGCUUUGGCUCUGCCCUCAUGAACAAGGAUCUUGGUUUGGCUGUCGACAGCGCCAAGUCCCUCGGUGAGCCACUGCCACUGGGCACCACCGCCCACCAAUUCUACACCAUGAUGGUCCAGAAGGGACUUGGUAACAAGGACUUCUCAGUUGCCUAUGAAUUCCUCCAGAAGACCAAGCAAUAA